AUGACUUCUACAAACUAUGGAGGGAAUACCAGCACCGGCGGCGGCACAAGUCAAAGUGGUACAGAUCAGAAUUUUGACUACAUGUUUAAACUUUUGAUUAUCGGCAAUUCCUCGGUUGGCAAGACAUCAUUUCUAUUCCGUUAUUGCGAUGACUCUUUUACGUCUGCAUUUGUGUCCACUGUUGGCAUCGACUUCAAAGUUAAAACUGUUUUCAAAGGAGACAAGCGAGUAAAACUCCAGAUAUGGGAUACUGCCGGUCAAGAACGGUACCGUACAAUUACAACAGCGUAUUACCGUGGUGCUAUGGGAUUUAUCUUGAUGUAUGACAUAACCAAUGAAGAAUCAUUCAACAGUGUCCAGGACUGGUGUACGCAAAUCAAGACUUAUUCAUGGGAAAGUGCUCAAGUUGUGUUGGUAGGAAACAAAUGCGAUAUGGACGACGAACGUGUAGUCUCAUUUGAACGAGGAAAACAACUGGCCGAGCAGCUCGGUCUUGAAUUUUUCGAAACAUCUGCGAAAGAGAACAUUAACGUGAAAGCAGUAUUUGAAAAACUUGUGGAAAUAAUUUGUAAUAAGAUGGCAGAAUCAUUGGAUUCCGAGAAUGCACAACCACAGCCAAAGGGACAACGUCUGGACAAUGCAAGCAUGCAAAAGCCGUCGACGCAACAGUGUAACUGUUGA